AUGGCCCGUACGACGGAAUCGCCCGCGCCGCCGAACGGUACACAGCCUGUGAAAAAGGUGCAGACCACCUUGAUGCACAGCGCCCACAACUUUCUGUCUUCCUCCGCCAAACCCUCCGGCUCGCAGUCGCCGCACCCGGGCAAGCGCUCCAUAAACAUCGGCGCCACUGGAACCCCCCGAUCGGACGCGUCGCCACCACACUCUCCGUCCUCUCAACGACCCUUCCCUCACCUUCCCGUGAGCCCCUCACCCCGUCACGCCUUGAGCGACACCGCCGGCGGCGACACGGCUGGUGCUGAUGGCGCCACUGCCGCCGAUAUCGUAAUCGCUGCUGCUCCUCCCGCCGAGCCCGCAGAUGCCGCCGACACGACCCCAGCGCCAGCCAACGCCAAGGAAGCAACUCCCGAUGCCGAAGCAGCCUCGUCUACCCCGGAACCCACCGCGCAGCGCGCUGGGUCCAAUGUGCUCGCGUCCGUGCGCAAGACGUUACAUUCUGCCGUCAACAGCUUCAGCACACAACGCACCGGCACAACCACCACCGUUACUUCCACAUUCGAGCACACUGUCGUGAGCCGCAAACGCAGCAGGGAGCCCGAAGCUGAAGAGACGCCCGCGCCUGCCGCAGAGGAUAAUAACAUUGACGCUGCCAACGGCGACGAUAUCACGAUCCAGCUUGGUGACCAGCUCGAGACAGAGGAGAUGCGCGCCCAGAGCCCCGUGAAGGAGGCUGUCCAAGUUCCCUCUCCGGCCGCGGAAGGCGCCGAAAUCAACGUUGCCACUGCUGCGGACAAGGCAGAUACAGACACAGUCGAGGCUGCUGCGGCUCCCCAAGAUGCCGCCCCCGAGGCGGUCGACGACGAUGACGUGGAAAUGGACGACCACAAGGCGGGCGUUUUUGUGCUCGACAAGAUCAUUGGGCAUCGCCCCGAUCCCAGGGACAAGACGCUCUUCCAGAUGCAAGUCAGCUGGAAGCACGGCGAGCCGACGUGGGAGCCGGAGCAGACGAUCCAGGAGGACGCCGAGGAAGCGCUCUUUGCCUACUGGGUCAGCGUCAAGGGCGGGCGGCUAGGCGCCAUGGCGGACAAGAACCUGUGGCACGUGCUGAGGAUCGAGAAGCACAAGCAGAAGCCCUCGGGCGCCAUCCACUUCCUCGUGUACUGGAUCGGGUCGCCGGACCGCUCCUGGGAGCCCGAGAGCCAGGUGGAGGUGUACGCCCGGCAGCACGUCGAGAACUACUGGAGGUCCAAGGGCGGACGCGAGAAGAACGUUAAGAGCGUCGCCAUGCCCGUCAAGAGAGGCCGUGGCCGCCCUAGCAAAGCCACCGUGUCGGAGCCGGCGACGGAAGACGAAGCGCCCGAGGAAACCGUCAAGGUGGCCAAGCCCAGGAGCAGGCCGGCGCGGAAGCAAAAGCGCGACGGGACAGAGGACGAGGCCGAGAAGACGGAAGACGCCGUCACCGCCGAGGUUGACGGGGAGCCCCCCAAGAAGCGCGCCCGCGGCCGUCCCCGCAAGAACCCCGUCUCGUGA